CGCGACUGAAGGCUCCCUAAACCUCACAGCAAAUCCCUUUAGCUGCGAGCUGACAUGGCUUGACUGGUCUCUGAGGGAAGUUUCAGGAAAUGCAACAGGUGGAACAGCCGAGGGAAUGAACUGUGUACUGUCCGUCCCAGGCUAGCUGCUGUGUUUAACGUUCCUUAGAGGUGCCUGUGGGAGUCCGACAGAGAAAAAACUGCGCACUCUUCCACACGGUCAGGUGGCAUAAUGGAUGAUAACAGCCUCAAUGACUCCAAUGUAAAGGUCGCUGUUCGUGUGCGACCUAUGAACAGGAGAGAAAAAGACCUAAAGACAAAAUGUGUGGUGGAGAUGGAGGGGAACCAGACGAUUCUACAUCCGGCUGUUGCCAGCGUGAACAAAGGAGACCCUCGGAACCAGGCGAAGGUUUUUGCUUAUGACCACUGCUUCUGGUCAAUGGAUGAAUGUCAAAAAGACAAGUUUGCAGGUCAGGAUGUAGUGUUCCAAUGCCUUGGGGAGAGUCUGCUGGACAACGCCUUCAUGGGCUACAAUGCCUGCAUCUUUGCUUACGGACAGACAGGCUCUGGGAAGUCAUACACCAUGAUGGGCUCAGCGGAGCAGCCAGGUCUGAUCCCUCGGCUCUGCAGCUCCCUGUUCAGCAGGACUUUGCAGGAGGCCCAGGAGGGAGAGAGCUUCACAGUGGAGGUGUCCUACAUGGAGAUUUACAACGAGAAGGUCCGAGACCUGCUUGACCCCAAAGGAAAUCGACAGGCGCUCAGAGUGAGAGAACACAAAGUUUUGGGGCCUUAUGUUGAUGGCCUGUCUCGUCUGGCUGUAGCCUGCUACAAGGACAUAGAGUCUCUGAUGUCAGAGGGAAAUAAAUCUCGCACAGUGGCAGCCACAAAUAUGAACGAAGAGAGCAGCAGAUCUCACGCUGUGUUCAACAUCAUCCUCACACACACACUCAUGGACCUGCAGUCUAAGACAAGUGGAGAGAAAGUGAGCAAGCUGAGUCUGGUGGACCUGGCUGGCAGCGAGCGGGCAGCCAAGACUGGAGCAGCGGGGGAGCGUCUGAAAGAAGGAAGCAACAUCAAUAAGUCCCUCAGUACUCUGGGUUUAGUUAUCUCUGCCUUGGCUGAUCAGGGAGCAGGGAAGAACAAAAGCAAGUUUGUUCCUUACAGAGACUCUGUGCUCACCUGGCUGCUUAAGGACAGCCUUGGAGGGAACAGCCGCACAGCCAUGGUGGCCACCAUCAGCCCGGCUGCAGACAACUACGACGAGACGCUGUCCACCCUGCGUUACGCUGACAGGGCCAAGAGCAUCAUCAACCAUGCUGUGGUCAACGAAGACCCCAAUGCCAGAAUCAUCCGAGAGCUCCGAGAGGAAGUGGAGAAACUGAAGGAGCAGCUCUCUGAGGCAGAGUCUAUGAAGGCCCCCGAGCUGAAGGACAGGCUAGAGGAGUCUGAGAAACUGAUCCAAGAAAUGACAGUCACCUGGGAGGACAAACUCAGGAAGACUGAGGCUGUUGCACAGGAGCGUCAGAGGCAGCUGGAGAGUCUGGGCAUUUCCCUCCAGUCUUCUGGAAUCAGAGUCGUGGAUGACAAGUGUUUCCUGGUCAACCUUAACGCUGACCCUGCCCUCAACGAGCUGCUGGUCUACUACCUAAAGGAGCACACACGUGUGGGCUCAGCCAACUCGCAGGACAUCCAGCUUUGUGGGAUGGCCAUCCAAGCUGAGCACUGCGUCAUUGACAUCACUGAGAACAACGGCGUGGUGCUCAGUCCUCACCGCAACGCUCGAACAUGUGUAAACGGUCCUGCAGUCACCAGUCCAGUUCAGCUUCAUCAUGGUGACAGAAUCCUGUGGGGAAACAACCACUUCUUCAGGAUCAGUCUGCCCAGGCAUAUGGUCCAUGCAAGAGCUGAGGAUGAGGAGGGUGGUGCUGCAAUGAAGACGUGUAUAAGCACCGACCGGCUGGAGGUAGACUUUGAUGCAUCCAGCGACGUGUCAAGUGAGCUGAGCUUUGGCUAUGAAUUUGCUCAGGCCGAAGUCAUGAUGAAAGGCAUGGGCAACAACGACCCUUUGCAGUCGGUGUUACAGACCCUGGAGAGGCAGUAUGAGGAGGAGAAGCGCUGCGCCCUGGAGCGGCAGAGGCAGAUGUACGAGCAGGAGCUGCAGCAGCUCCGCCGCAGGCUCACUCCUGAGAAACCCUCCAACCUGCUGGACCCAACAGGCCUGCCUCCCAGUGCAGCUGCUGCUGUUGUGAUGUCACCCAGCUCCAACAAACGCAUGCGGCGCUGGAGUGAGGACAGAGAAGCAAUGAUGACCCGCAGCCUGCGGCGCCUGAGGGAGCAGAUAGUUCGGGCCAACCUCCUGGCACAGGAGGCUGGCUUCAUAGCUGAGGAGCUUAGCAAGAGGACAGAGUACUUGGUCAGUCUGCAGUUACCUGCUGCCAACCUGGAUGCCAACAGGAAGCGUGAUGUAGUAUUGAGUGAGCCAGCCAUCCAGGUUCGCCGUAAAGGUAAAGGGAAACAGAUCUGGGCUCUGGAGAAGAUGGAGAACAGGCUUGUGGACAUGAGGGAGCUCUACCAGGAGUGGAAGGACUUUGAUGAAGACAACCCUGUGAUGCGGUCCUAUUUCAAACGUGCAGACCCGUUCUUUGAUGAACAGGAGAACCACAGUCUGAUCGGUGUGGCAAACGUGUUCCUGGCCUGCCUGUUCCACGACGUCAAGCUGCAGUACGCAGUGCCAAUCAUCAACCAGAAAGGAGAGGUGGCAGGUCGGCUGCAUGUGGAGGUGUGGCGGGGUACAGAGGGUUCUGUGGAGGAAGGUCCAGGACAGUCUGACACAGAUGGAGAUCCACAGGAGCGCAGACUGGACUGUGUGGUGAAAAUCCUCCAUGCCAACGGUCUGCCUUGCCACCUGUCCAACUUUGUCUUCUGUCAGUACCACUUCUGGGGGCAGAAGGAGUCAGUGUUUAUCGCUCCAGAGAUGGAGCCAUCCAGCUUGUCCUCUGCCUCCAGAGACCCUCAGUGCACUGUGGUGUUCGACAGCACCAUGGAGUUCUCUGUGCCAGUGUCAGAGGACUUUGUGGAGUUUUUGGCUGAGGGGGCAGUGGCCAUUGAGGUGUACGGCCACAAGCAGUUGAACCAUCGCAGGAACCUAGCACUGUGGGACCUUGGAGUGAUUCAAGCCAAGACCCGAACCCUCAGAGAAAGGUGGAGUGAGGUGACCCGGCACCUGGAGUUGUGGGUGCAGCUAAUGGAGCUGAAUGAGGCAGGAGAGUUCACAGCUGUAGAGGUUCUUCCUGCUAAAGACGUCCGCACAGGAGGAGUGUUCCAGCUCAGACAGGGUCAGUCCCGUCGGGUCAAGGUGGAGGUGCGUCCAGUACCAGACUCAGGCACCAUGCCCCUCAUCACCGCCUCCAUCCUCUCUGUGUCCAUCGGUGAUGUCAAGAUUCAACGGACUCAUCUCUCCAAAGGCAGUGAACCACAGUGGGGUGGUGAUGAAGAAAUGGACAGCUACCAAGAGGUGGACCUGGAGAGGAUGAGGGAACAGUGGCUGGUCACACUUACUCAGAGACAGGAGUAUCUGGAUCAGCAGCUUCAGAAGAUAGUUUGCAAACCAGAUAAGUCGGAGGAUGAUGUUGAAAGGGAGUCCCAGCUGCUGGAGUGUCGUCUGACGCUCACAGAAGAACGCAAUGCUGUUCUGGUGCCGUCAGCUGGCAGUGGCAUCCCUGGAGCACCAGUGGAAAGGGUUCCUGUCCCUGGAAUGGAAACACACAUUCCUGUCCUGUUCCUGGAUCUCAGUGCUGAUGAUUUCCAAGCCAGUCUCUCAGCCCCAUUGGCCGGGGGGCUUGAUGCACUGCUCAGUGGGGAGGAGGAGGACGACUUCUUUGACCUUCAUAUUGUUAAACACUACGAUUCAGUGGUGAAGGUGGAGGCCUCUUGGGACUCUACAGUCCAUGAGUGCCCCCAGCUGAGCUGUGUAACGUCAGCUGACCAGAGAGUCUACCUGACAGUCAGGGUAGUGGUUCAGCUGAGCCACCCCGCCCACAUGCAGCUGGUACUCAGGAAACGCAUCUGCGUGAACGUCACAGGGAGACAGGGUUUUGCUCAGAGCCUGCUGAAGAGAAUGUCUCAGCGCAGCACCAUCCCUGGCUGCGGAGUCACCUUUGAAAUCGUUUCCAACAUCCCAGGGGACAUCCAUGGCCCAGAGGACAGGGAGAUGUUGGCCAGGCUGGCUGCCAGCGCUGAGGAUGACCAGUCAGCUGACAGUGAGGCAGCCAUAGAGAAAUACCUGCGCAGCGUCCUGGCUGUGGAGAACAUCCUCACGCUGGACAGACUUCGACAGGAGGUGGCUGUGAGGGAACAGCUGGCAAUCAGAGGGAAAGCUCCCAGACGCUGCCUGAGCUCUCCAAACAUCAACCAGCUGUCAGCCAGCAGUCUGGAUCUCUGCUCCUCCACUCAUAGACUCAGUGACUUCAAGGGCUGGGAGAGCCACCAGGACCUUUCUUUUGUGCCUUCUUCAUCUAGACGCACACUGCCCAGCUCCAUAUCCCAGAACCUGAACCCAGAGACAGUGCAUUCAGGCUUUGCUGCGUCUUAUCUCCCUCCAGUGAAGGCCAUACCCAAGCUGCUGAAGUCACUGCUUCCUGGUGGGAAGGAAGAUAGUAGAGACCAGACAGCUGUCCAUCACCAGACUUUGCCUCGGAUCAUGGUGCAGUCAGCAAGUGUUGAAGAGGGCAUGAGCAAACAGCCACAGCCGGUUCCCAUUGAGGAAAUCAUUUCUUCCGACCUCCAAACAGAGAGCUCCAGAUCUGUGCCCCUUCCACCGCCAAUCAUCCGAGACAUAGAAGACACCAACCCUAGCCCAGUGAGCGAAGCAUCAAGUGGAUACAUGUCAACUAGCAUAUCUACAGCAACUUUGUCAGAUGUCUACACACUAAGCUGGGACCUACCUCCAUUAUCCGGCAGCAGAGCUGAUGGUUUUGAAGCGGUGCCAGAUGAAGAGGAGGAGGACAGUCAAGUGACACAGUCUGACACUUACCCUGAUUCUUUAGUCGUGGACCAAUCAGAGCCUAAGGGGUCAGUCUUGGUGUUGGACGAUAAGGCAGUUGAAGAGGGGACUGACUCGCCACAGUCCAAACCAGAUGAUACUCCAUCAGAUGUAAACCUGAGUCACCAAGAACCAAACUGGUCUCCAUUAGCCCAGUACAAGGAGCAAGAAGAGCCUGCUUCAGCUGCAGAAACAGAUUUAAUAUGCCAGAGCAAACAAAAGCCAGAUUCAACAACUGGCCAUAUAGGAUCAGAACAAUUGGACAAUUCAGAGACACUUAUAGACUCAUUGUUGGUACAAGAGAAUGAAACCGAACAGACAGAGCUUUCACAAACAGACCACUCAAAACCAGAAGCCCCUCUGAUGGAAGAACUCAAGCCAGCUGCCACAGACAAGACAGAAGCUGAACUGUCACUGUACUGUGAAACACAACCUUCCACACAAGAAGGUCAAAGUCAGUCUCAAACAAUUGUCCCUCUGUCACAGCAACCUGAAGAAGACCAGACAACCUUUGAAAGUGCUGAAGAUCCAGCUCCUGGCCUGCUCCCAGUUAUGUCUGAAAGCUUAGUUCCAGCUCCUGCCCCAUCUGUAAAUUUGGUUCUUUCAGCUUCAACCGAAGAACAAGCCACUUUUGUGGCCUCAGACCCAAGUAGCACCUCUGACCAGACUUUAUCCUCAACCACAGAUGAAGUCCAACAGGAAGCACCUGCCAAUGCAUCAAAGAACCCUCCCUUAGCACCAGCUCCUCCUCUGUCCAGUGUUCAGCCUUCCAAACCUACUUCCACAGCGGCAAACCCCUUUAAGAUACAGAAAGUGAAGUCUUCAGACCUCAAGUCCUUUGAGUGUAUUGUGAGUGAGGAGAAGGAUAAACCUGCACAGGUUGACCAGGCCACCAACCUCGGAGCGGGACUGAACCUCUCUGUUCCAAUGGAGAGCCUGGAAAUUAUCUCUGACACAGAGGAUGGAGAUGCAACUGCAGUUCUCCCUGACUGGUUGAAAGAAGGGGAGUUCGUGAAUGUGGGGAACAAUAAGAGCGGCACUGUCCGUUACAUCGGACCCACGGACUUUGCAGCAGGUACCUGGGUGGGAGUGGAGCUGGAGGUACCAGCAGGGAAGAAUGACGGUUCAGUGGGUGGCAAACACUACUUCCACUGUAACCCUGGUUACGGCGUGCUGGUAAGGCCAGACAGGGUGAGCCGGGGCGGCAACAAGCGCCGACGCCAGCAUCAAAAGCACCGUAGUGCCAACCUGUCUGGAUCCAGCCCCAACCUGGCAGCUCUUACUGCUCUGGCUAAAGGUGAAGGUGGUGGGGCAUCAACGGGCCGCAGCAGAGGAGAGAACCGCAAGUCAUGGAACACUUGAGAGGCUCAGUAUCGGCUAAUUCCUGGACACCUGCCUACAGCAGCUGAUUGAUGUGAUUGUAGGGUAAGCUUUCAGAAAGAGAGACAAUACAAUGUUUUAUUUGGCCAGAUCGACCACAGGCUCCACUUUAUCUGAUCCUCUACUGUUAGGUUUUAACAACACAAGAUAACUCAGUCCACGCUCCUGUGUGGGUAGAGAGAGACCUCUCACCCCUCAUCAUAUUAAAGGACACCAUCCUACCUAAUGUACUUAGUUUUCGAAAAUCACAAAGAAAUAUAGUUUUACCAUACGAUGUUAAUGUUUUUAGGUUUAUAAAUGUAUGUAACAACUCCUUUCUCUGUUACUAAUUUAAUUUGAAAUAGUGGUUGUCUCAGUUUGGGAUGGAUUAUUCCAGGGAAAUUAUCAAAGGGCUGUCUCAGAAUCAGCACAUUUUUCCUUUCAAUAUAUUCUGCCACUUGCCCGGCAAAAGUAUAUUUGCAUGUACAUCAGUCAGCCAAUCCAUUCAAACCACGGCCAGGUGAAGUGAAUUAUGUUGAUUAUCCAGUUACAAUGCAAUGUUCUGUUGGGAAACCUUGGGUCCUGGCGCUUAAGUGGAUGAUACUUGACAUGCACCACCCACCCUGCCAUGUGGUGUCUGGUGUCUAGUGGCAGGUUCUUUGAGUCCUGUUGGUAGUGAUGUGGGGCACCACCACGUUCCACAGAUCCUCAAUCGGAUUGGGAUCUGGGAAAUUUGGAGGCCAGGUUGAGGCCUUGAGCUCUUUGUCACAUUCCUCAGGCCAUUCCUGAGCAGUUCUUGCAGUGUUACAAGAUGCAUUGUCUUGCUGGGGGGCCACUGCCAUCAGGCAGUGUCAUUGCUAUAGGGGAGUGAGUGUGUCAGGUGGCAUCCACAUGAAUGUCAAGACCAGAGUUUCCUAGCAGAACCUUGCAUUGAAAUGAGAUAAUCAGUGUUAUUCACCUCACCUCUCAGUGGUUUAAAUGUUGUCUAUUCUAUGUAGAAUUAAAUGUUAAUAGUAUCUAAAGUUAACUGGAUUACUGUACACUGUACUGCAUACACUUUGAUGUGCUCAGAGUUCUAAUGUUCAAAAUGUGUUAUGCAGCUACAUGUUUGGAUAGAUGCCCAAGUAUUGCAAAUUGUUUUAUACCUUUUGUAUAAUUUUAUUCUUGUGCCUUGAAAUAUCACGACUACUACUCCACAGAUGUGCCUUAGUGAUACACCACCAAAUUCUGUACUGCUGGAAACUGUCUUUACUGAGCUCAUUUCAGCUCUUGAAUGUGUAUUUUUACUGUUUUAGGAAAAAUAAACUUGCACUCCUUUUCUGAUGAAUUCUACUGAAAUCUUACAACAUUUUUAAUCAAUGUUGUCUCAAAGCAAGUGUGUCAAGAUUGAUUGAUAGUGACUUCAUUUUAAACAGAGAUAAAGUGAGACUGUUUUUUGGGGAUUUUUUUUUUUUUUUUAUUUCCAAGUUUCGAAUGACACUGUAUGGAAUACUUAAGAGGUUUGUCGAUUGGAAUGCAUUUACUGUAGUAUUAAUUUUUGUCUGGUAAAUAAGAUAUUUUAUACUAUGCCUGAAUGCUUAUUUAUUUGAAGAUGAAGACGUAUUGAUGAUGAAAAGCAAAAUCAACUUUUUAUAUUGUUAAAUAAAUUUCAUUUUGCUCGUCAA